ACCAUGGAAGUAGAGAGAACUUCUUCCCAUUUUCAGCUCUCUGCUGAGCUGAUUCUGCUGUUCCUCUUCAUUUGGGGUAAUUUAUGUUCUCCAGACCUCGGCCAGUGCUCAUCACAACCCUGCCAGAAUGAUGGAAUUUGUGUUGAAGGACUAAAUGACUACACCUGUCAGUGUCAACAGGAUCCUGUGAUGUACACGGGGAAGAAUUGUGAAAUACAGUUUGAUGCCUGUUAUCUUAACCUAUGCAUGAAUAACGGCACCUGCCAGAGUAUACCAGGAAGCCUGCAGUACAACUGCACCUGCUUACCUGGGUUUGAAGGUACUCAGUGCAACAUUAAUAUAAAUGAAUGUGAGAGCAAUCCUUGUCAGGGUGUUCAUGUUGACUGCGUAGAUAAAAUGAAUGGAUACAGUUGUCUGUGUUCUCCGGGAUACGAAGGGGAAAACUGCACAACAGAAAUCAAUGAAUGCCUUGCAAACUCCUGUAAGAAUAAUGGAACAUGCUUGGAUGGAAUUGGGAAUUAUACCUGUGAUUGUCAACCUGGUUACACAGGGGUUAACUGUGAAACCGAUAUUGACGACUGUGCAUCAAAUCCUUGUUUAAAUGGAGCUCUAUGUCUUGAAGGUAUAAAUGAAUAUAAAUGCUUCUGUGUCCCCGGAUACCAAGGUCCAAAUUGUGAAAUUGACAUCAAUGAAUGUGCAUCCAGACCAUGCAAAAAUGGGGCAAAAUGCAUCCAUGAUGUGGAUCGAUACUUGUGUGUCUGUCCUCCUGGCUACAAAGGUCUGAACUGUGAAGUUGAAAUAAAUGAAUGUGAAUCUAACCCCUGUCAGCAUGGUGGUACGUGUAGAGACAACAUUGCAUUCUAUGACUGUUUAUGUGCUCCUGGUUAUGAGGGAGUUGACUGCGAGACAGAUAUUGACGAAUGUGCCAGCAAUCCAUGUAUCAACCGAGGAACAUGCAAGGACAUGAUCAAUGGUUACAUGUGCGACUGCACUGAAACAGGAUUUAUGGGCACAAACUGCGAGAUAGAUAUUCCGGAGUGUGCAUCCAAUCCAUGUGUUAACAAUGGGACGUGUCUGGAAGGAGUGAAGAGUUACACUUGUCUCUGCUGGGCUGGUUACACUGGAUCGUACUGUGAAGUUGAUAUCGAUGAAUGUGCAAUGAAGCCUUGUUUAAAUAAUGGCACAUGUUUGGAACGCUCCACUCAAAAGUAUUACGGCCAUCUCUCACAAUUCAAACUCACUUUCAGUUAUGCUGAUGCAUCUGGCUAUAUUUGUCUUUGUCGAAGUGGCUUUGCAGGAGAACAUUGUUCUGUGAACAUCAAUGAAUGUGAAUCUGGUCCUUGUAUGAAUAAAGGCACUUGUGAAGAUCAGAACAAUAGAUUCAAGUGCCAUUGUGCCCCUGGAUUUACAGGCAUGAUGUGUCAAAUCGAUAUCAAUGAAUGUGAAAGCAAUCCUUGUGAAAAUGGAGGCGAUUGUGAAGAUGGUAUUGCAGAUUAUAGUUGCCAUUGCCCUGCAAUGGAUGAAGAUGGUGUCACCUGGGGAGGAAAGAACUGCUCAAUUCAACUGGAUGGCUGCCUUGAACAUCAAUGUGAUAAUGGAGCAACAUGUAUACCAAACUUGUUGGAUGGCACUCACAGUUACAAUUGCAAAUGCCCUCCUGGCUAUUAUGACGCUUCUUGUUCAAAAUCAACAACUUUCUCCUUAUUCAGUGGCUAUGUGACUGUACAAAUGCCAUUUACUAAUCAGAACAGAACAACAGCUCGGGAUGAGCCAUUUAGUAUCCGUCUGCGCUUUAGGACAACUAUACCAAAUAUGUUAUUACUCUACCGAGGAGAUAUACUUAAUGAAUACAUACAUGUUCAACUUUAUAGUGGUCAGCUGAUGUCCAUAGCAGUGAUAAAGGGUCAGAUAAUUAGCAUUUCAUUCAUUCAUCAAGUUAAUGAUGGUGAAUGGCAUCAGUUAAAAGUUCAAAUGGGGGAAAGUUUCCGAGUAAACUUGACACAUCCGAGUUGCCCAAAUUACACUUGUUCAACCUCAAAGCCCAUUGAUGCAGUUACCCUUCCCUCACUGCAUGCAUUUCAGACAACACACGUUGGUGGCUUACCAGGAACGUACUUUUCAAUUCAGGAUUAUUUUAUUGGUUGCUUGCAGGAUUUGGAAAUUGAUAACAGGGCUAUAUUACCACAAACAAUUUCAAAAAAUAUGACAUCGAGAUUCACACUUGGCUGCAAGAAGAUAAACUGGUGCCGACAGAAUCCAUGUAACAGUAAUGGGAAGUGUGUCGAUUUGUGGACAGAUUAUAAAUGCGAUUGUUCACGGCCAUUUGCAGGCCCCACAUGCAUUCAGGAAUACGUCUCUGCAACUUUUGGCAAUGAGAAUUCUAGCAGUUUGGCCACUUUUGUUAUCACAGACAAUCCGGGCACUAAAUUUGUUAUCUCUUUUUUCGUACGUACACGAAAGGUAGAUGGCUUCCUGAUGCAAUUCAGCCAUGGUAGAAUUCCUUAUCUCACAAUAUAUUUGAAUAACAGCAGCAUUUACAUCAAGACAAAAGUUUUGAUGGUAAACUCAUCCAUGAAUCUUGCUGACGGCUUUAAGCGACUGAUAGAAAUUCGUUUUGAUGAAGCCUGGGUAACUGUUACUGCAUCAGAUGUUAUCCUGCUGGACUUCCUUUUGUCUUCUGUGAAGAUUCAACCUUUUGACAUUGUCCACAUUGGUCAAGAUCCUCAUAAUUCCACUCAUUGGGGAGGACCUUUCAAGGGCUGCCUGCAGGAUAUAAGGCUCAACAAUAUACAACUGGAGUUUUACCCACUAGAUGAGGGAAAUUAUAGCUCAUCACUGGAGGUUUACGACAAUAAAACACUUGUAAAUGUGAUCGAAGGUUGUAUCAGUGACGAUUCUUGUGUGACUGCUCCUUGCCAAAACGGAGGCAAUUGUACUGUGACAUGGAAUGACUUUGAAUGUAAAUGUCUACCGGUGUACAGUGGAAGGAUCUGUGAGACAAAAGUGUGGUGUGAGACUGAUCCGUGCCCUGCAGGAUAUUGCUGUCAGGAUCAUUCGAAUGGAUAUGAAUGUUAUGCUAAUGCAACAUUUCAAGGUGAAAAUCCACUGAUCUACAUUGGUAACACGUUUAUCACAAGAAAUCUCAUCAGCAUUUCCAUGGACUUCAAAACCAGAAAUAUGGAUGCUGUCCUGCUAGAGGCGAGCAAUGGUGCUGAUUCCAUUUGGUUUGGUAUCCGUAACUCUUACUUGCAGUUCAAGUUGUACAGUGGAAAUAGUCUGGAAGCCAUCACACUUUCUAGCAAUGUCAAUAUCUCUGAUGGACAGUGGCACUCAGUGCUCAUUACAAUGGUGGAGCCUUUUUUGAUGUUUUCAAAGUGGACCAUGAUUCUUAAUGGAAAUUCCAAUUUUACCAGUUCAGUUACUGCUGGGAAUUUAAAUUUUCUUCAACAUAAUGUGAAUAUAACCCUAAGUGACAGUUUUACAGGUUGUCUUGGUGUGGUUAAAAUUGGUGGAAUAUACUUGCCUUACUUCAAGCAAAAUAUUUUGACAAAUACUGAACAGUUUAUUCUAGUAAGUAGCCCCCCAGCUGAUAUUGGAUGCUUUGGCACAGAAAUAUGUUCCUCAAAUCCAUGCCAAAAUAAUGCAACGUGUGUAGACCUAUUUGACUUUUACCAGUGUAACUGCAUGGCAGGAUGGGAAGGCCCCAGAUGUGAACUCAAUGUUGAUGACUGUGCGUCCACUCUCUGUAUUCAUGGUAAUUGCAGCGAUUUGUUGGAAGGCUACAAGUGUACCUGCGACCUGGGUUACACUGGGAAAAACUGUGAGAGUAAUAUAGAUGACUGCGUGAACCACACAUGUAAAAACAACGGGACCUGCAUUGACAGUAUCAACUCGUAUUUCUGCAACUGUCCAAACCAGUUCACUGGACAAUACUGCGAAUGGCCCUACCCACCAGUCAAAUGUGGAGAGCUUUUCAGUUGUAACAAUGGAGGGCUUUGUACUGAUGGAUUGUGGGGUGCCAACUGUACCUGUAAACCAGGCUUUACUGGAGUAAGAUGUGAAGAAGUGGUGAAUGAAUGUGAUUCAAAUCCCUGUCAGAAUGGAGGGACUUGCCAUAACCUGGUCAACAAGUUUGUUUGCGUCUGUGGAGAUAAUUUUGUAGGCGAUCAGUGUGAGCUUGAUAGAGGGAAAAGGCCCGACGCUGUCCCAUUGCUGGCAAUAGCUGUGCCGGUGGUGUGUGGAAGUGUGCUAUUGAUUGUAAUAGCUCUUAUUUUUGUGGUUCUUACUGCACGUAAAAAACGUCAGACAGAAGGGACGUACAAUCCAAGCCAACAAGAAGUGGCAGGGGCUCGACUGGAGAUGGAUAGUGUCCUUAAAGUGCCACCCGAAGAGCGCUUAAUAUGAUGACUCAACUGAACAUUUAGAGAAACAAAUACUUUAUUUUGGAAAAAAAGGCCUCAUAUGUGACGGACAUAUGUGCUGAAUACUACUGGUUUCUGAUACAAAACAAGCACAUUCUCUCAGUCCAAGCAUCAUGGUAAAUCCAGCUGGUGAAACCCCCAGUGGGAAAAUUCACCCUCAGUAUUCUGCUUCUUGCAAUGCCAGAUGGAUGAAGUAACUUGUAACAGUAUCCACAGGAGUCAACCAAGACAGAUUCAAGCAUUUCCAUUUACGUAAUGACACAAUGCAACAUCACAUCAACUAAGAUCAUCUCCGUCUCAGAAGUAGUUUUCACUGGUUAUUCUAAUCCUCCAUCAGCAUCUUGUAUUGACUGAAAAGCUUUUAAACAAGCUCUUGCUCUCCAACAUGAAAUUAUGGGGAAAAUUUAUUUUCACAUAAGCAACUUUGUGAAGUAAUUUUCAGUAUUAAAUAGUUCCUUAAAAGCAGAUACAAUGCCAUCUGAAGUUCCAUUUUAAAAAAAAGUUAGCAGUGUGUGAAUAGUAGAGGUGUUUUUUUUCUCAAGUCAAGAGUUCCAUAUUAAGUGAUGAUAUCUGUUAUACAAAAUUAAUCUUCCCUGGAACUAAUAUCAUUAUCUAAUGUUGUUCAUGUCUAAUUAAAGACAUGUUGAUCUUAAAAGUUCAUACAUUUGUUGCAUCAACAGUUCUCAAUGAUUGACUGUUCCUGCCUAAUUUAUUGACAAACUGCUACUGUGUGAAAAAUCUCCCCAUAAAGCCAGGAUGAAAGUUUGUUACUUCAGGUCAGAUGUGUGAUGUUGGACAGGGUCAAUAAAUGGUGUAACUUUCUCACUUC